ACCGCAUGAUCGGCACUGGUAUCUUCUCCACGCCCAGCAGUAUCCUGGCCCUGAGCGGAAGCGUGGGCUUGGCCCUCUUCAUCUGGGUCGCCGGCAUGCUCAUCGCCGCCGCCGGUAUGGCCGUCUACCUGGAGUUUGGCACCGGCCUGCCGCGCAACGGCGGCGAGAAGAACUACCUCGAAUUCGUCUACACCAAGCCCAAGUUCUUGGUCACGGGCUUCUACACUGGCUACGUUAUCCUGCUCGGCUGGGCCGGAUCCAACUCGGUUGCUUUCGGCGAGUACAUCCUCAACGCUGCCGACGUCGAGGUGAACCGCUGGAACCAGCGCGGCAUCGGUCUCGCCUGCGUCACUGUCGCGUUCCUGAUCCACGGCCUUGCGCUCAAAUGGGGUCUGCGGCUAUUGAACGUCCUCGGCAUAAUCAAGCUCGUCAUCCUGCUUAUCAUCAUCAUUUCCGGAUUUGCUGCGCUGGGCGGACACCUCAAGAUCGACAAGCCGGACAACUUCACCAACGCAUUCUCGGGCACGACGGGAUCCCCAUACGGCGUCGUGACGGCCCUGUACAACGUCAUCUGGAGUUACAUCGGCUACAGCAACGCCAACUACGCCAUGUCCGAGAUGAAGAACCCGGUGCGCACCAUCAAGAUCGCGGCCCCGGUCGCCAUCAUCUGCGUCGGCAUCAUGUACAUGCUGGCCAACAUUGCCUAUUUCGCCGCGGUCCCGCGCGAGGAAAUCGCCAACAGCGGGCGCAUCCUGGCCGCGUCCUUCUUCCGCAACGUCUUCGGGCCCAAGGCCGAAAAGGCCCUGAGUGUUUUCGUCGCCCUCUCGGCGUUCGGCAACGUCCUCUCCGUCAUCUUCUCCCAGGGCCGUCUGGUGCAGGAACUCGGCCGCGAGGGCAUCCUGCCCUUUUCCGGCUUCUUUGCCAGCAACAAGCCCUUUAACGCGCCCUUUACCGGCCUGUUUGAGCACUGGAUCGUCUCAGUCAUCAUCAUGCUCGCGCCGCCGCCCGGCGACGCCUACAACUUCAUACUGAACGUCAUCUCCUACCCCCUCGCCAUCGUCAACGUCUUCGUCGCCGGCGGCCUCAUCCACCUCUACCUUCACCGCGACGCCUUCAACUGGCACCCGCCCUUCAGCGCGACGCUGCCCGUCACCAUCUUCUUCCUGCUCAGCAACAUCUACCUGGUCGUCGCGCCGUACGUGCCGCCCGACACGCCCGACCAGAACGUCUACGAGAGUCUGCCCUACUACCUGCACUGCGUCGUCGGCACCGGCGUCAUCCUCGCCGGCGGCGUCUACUGGUGUGUUUGGGCGAAGCUGCUGCCCUGGCUCGGCGGCUAUAAGCUCCGUAAGGAAACGUUUGAGAGCGAGGAUGGCUGGACGAGAAGUGUGUUUGUUAAGGAGAAGAGGGGGGAGUAAAAUGAAGGGGGGAAGUACAAAGAGGGGGCUGGUACAAAGAGCUGUUAAAAGAGCAGGAGUGUAAAAAAGGGAUUCCUUUCUGUGUGGGUGUGCUCAGCCGCUUUUUUUUUCAACACACAUGGGCUGGGCACGCGAGGGCGAGGGCGGGUUCGGGGUAAUGUGUUAUGAUGUCAUGAUACCCAUUUGGCUUAGGGCUGCUGCUGCUAUUGCUGCUGCUACUGCUAUUUCAACAGAUUAGGUUAGGUUAGAUUAAUAUGCUUGUUAUGGACGA